CAAUCCCUCGCGCUCUUCCUUUCCAACUUGGACCCUGCAGAAUGGCUCCCGCAAAGAAGGGUGGCGAGAAGAAAAAGGGCCGUUCUGCCAUCAACGAGGUGGUGACCCGAGAAUACACCAUCAACAUUCACAAGCACAUCCAUGGAGUGGGCUUCAAGAAGUGUGCCCCUCGGGCACUCAAAGGGCUUCGGAAAUUUGCCAUGAAGGAGAUGGGAACUCCAGAUGCGUGCAUUGAUAUCAGGCUCAACAAAGCUGUCUGGGCCAAAGGAAUAAGAAUGUCCCAUACCGAAUCCGUGUGCGGCUGUCCCGAAAACGUAAUGAGGAUGAAGAUUCACCAAAUAAGCUCUAUACUUUGGUUACCUAUGUACCUGUUGCCACUUUUGAAAAUCUACAGUCAAUGUGGAUGAGAACUAAUCGCUGAUCGUCAAAUACAUCAAAUAAAGUUAUAAAAUUGCCUUCGGAAAAAAAAAAAAGACAUAGGUUCUUGUUGGAUAUGUAGAAAUCAUAGAUUGAAGUGUUUAAUUAUUUGGCUAACAACAGUUACAGAAAUGUAUGUUACAAUGUGUUUGACAAGUCUUAAGUAAUCUUGUUGAGAUAAUGAUUUGUAUAAUUUAAAUUAUCUGUUGAAAUUGUGGUUUUCAGCAAAAAUAGAAAAAUUAAGAAACAUUUCAUUCCAGUGGGCACAGGAGUACAGUAAACAGAGAGACUAGUGUGGUAGGGAAAAUAUAUACUUUUUUUUGUAUUAUUCAAGACUAAGAAUAUUACAAAAUAGAAGAGAUUACAAUGCACAAGAUUGCAAAAAGAAAGAUGUGAUCAAACAAUCAAAAACUAAUCUGUGAAAAGACCAAUAAAAAAGACUUCUGACAAGUCUAAUUAAGAUAAGCAGAGAUAUAAAGAUGUCUCUUUUAUUCAACCAUUUAACAUUAUUUUUGUCUAAUAUCAAAGAAGUAACAUUGGGAUAACCACAAAUCUUGGUCAUAUUGCUAUAGAAAAUUGGGUAAUAGGGAAUUGAGUUUAUUUCCCUAAAGAAAGGAAUGCUAAUGAAAAGCAAGCUAAUUUUCCUGGAAGAUCUUAGAAAAAGUUCAGGAAUUUGGAGGAAUCAUGUACAACAAAAUAUGUGGUUAAAGAAUGAUUCUAAAAAUGAGAGGAUAAUUGUAAACUCUGUAUAAGGAGAAGUUAGAUUCUUGGGGCCUCUCUCCUACCCAGGGUGACUAUUUGCAGGUGACUAAUUUUUCCCUGUCAUAGUUUAAUUCUCAGGAGAAAUUGACCCAGCCAGCAGCUGCAGGUGAAUUCAGGUGAGUUGAGUGAGUAUGAGGUGAGGCAUUAUGGUCUCCCCUAUAUCACCUGCAAACCCUUUCUCAGGAUGCCCUGGCAAACAUGCUGCAGCCACGCAAGGAAGAAACCAAGAAAUAGAAAGACAUAAGAUUCAGGAAACAGGAUUUCAUGUAAAAGAUAGAGAAGUCCUAGGACAACAGCUGUGCAAGAGGUCCAGAGAUCAAAUGACCGAAAACAGUGUCAAAAAAGGAGGGACAUCUUGCUAAUGGAAAAAAAAAAAAAA